UGAUUUGAAAUUUUAUUGUCCACGAUAUGCCCCGAAACAGCUCCUCGGUCACAUUUUUGUCAGAAUUUCGGCCUCUAUUUUUAAAAUUGUGCACAUUUGUUUUGAAUUCAAAACAUUUGUAUGUAUAUUGCUAAAUAGCCCAUAAGCAUCGUUCGUGUCACAUCGAAAAAACAUCGCAUAUUUUUGCAAGUGAGAGAUAUCGAUAUAUAUAUCGAUAUGAGAUCAAUAUCCACCAUCAAUAGCUCAGAGCUGAGCAGGAGCACGGACAUGGGCAAUAAACAAAUAAAACAGCAUCUGGAAACGGCACAGAAGACGGGUGUGCUAAAAAUAUCAUUGCAACGGCUGCAGGAGUUCCCGCCGCAGCUAAAAUCAUAUCCCAAUGUGUUGAAGACUCUAGACUUAUCGGAGAAUAGAUUCGAAAGCAUACCCGAAGAACUGGGUAGGCUAACGAUGCUAAAACAUCUCAAUUUAAGCGGCAAUCGACUGUCAGAAUUGCACGAGGUGGUUGGGGAGCUGCUCAAACUGGAGGUGCUCCUCCUCAUGAACAAUUUCCUAACAAAGCUACCUAAGUCACUAAACAAUUGCACCCACCUCAAGACCGUCAACCUAUGCAAUAAUCAGCUCAAGGAAUUCCCCUCGAUGCUCUGUGGAUUAAAGCAACUGGAUGUGUUGGACUUGUCGCGAAAUCAAAUCACCGAAGUGCCCUCUGAGGUGGGCAGCCUUUAUGUAACCGAGCUGAACCUGAAUCAAAACCAAAUCUCGGUCUUGGCCGAGGAAAUCGCAGAUUGCCCCAAGCUUAAGACGCUGCGGCUCGAGGAGAACUGCUUGCAGGCGAUUGCAUUGACGCCGCGCAUCCUCAAGGACUCAAAGAUAUGCAAUCUAGCCGUUGAUGGUAAUCUGUUUAAUUCCAAACAGUUCACCGAUCUCGAUGGCUAUGACAUCUACAUGGAGCGCUACACGGCGGUUAAGAAGAAGAUGUUCUAAAUGUUAUAUAUUUUUAUAU